AUGGCUCGCCCACUCGCCCUCGCACUGCUAGCCCUCUGCGUGCUCCUGGGCCCGGGCGCCCUGGCGCAAGGCCCUAGCGCGCCCCGCAGCCUGGGCGAGCUUCUUGCCGCCGCCGCCGAUCAGACCCCCUACACUUUGGGCGGCAGCGGCGCCUACGGCCCCAGCGGCCUUUCCAGUGGCUUUGGCAACACCUUCGGAACCCGCCGCGGCUCCGGCUUCACCGGCGGCCAGCCAGCCUCCAACAACUUUGGUGGCUACGUGGCCAGCAGCGGCGGCUACGGCUGGCGCAACCGCCGCAUGCUGGGCGAGCGUGCCGCUGCUGCGGCCGACGCCAGCAUCACGGCCUUUGGCGGCCGCACGGCCGGCUUUGCGCCCGACAGGACGCCCGUCACCAACACCAACGGCGCCAUGUACUUUGGCAGCCAGGGUGUCGACUUCAUGGGCGGCAUAACCACGGCAUUUGACAACUUCGGCAACCCCUUCAUGAACCAAGACGGCAGGGGCCAGAUCCGGGGCCGCAAGCUGGGCGAGCGCGCCAACCCCACUAGCAUCUCUGACGCCGCGCCGGGCAGUGCCAGCGCUAUGGGUGGGGCGCCUCUCACCUUUGCCCAGGCCCAGGCCAUGCACGCUGAGAUGAUGGCCGCCGCCGGGGAGCAGAACGCCUGGGCGGCCGCCAUGAUGGCGCCGCCAGCACCCAAGCCUGCGGCUGCCGCCGAGCCCGCCGCCGCCGCGCUUGCCGGCAAGCCCGCCCUCCCGAAGCCGGCGCCGGCGCCGGCAGCCGCCGCGGCCGCCAAGGCCGUCGCGUCCCCUGCCACUGGGACCGCGCAGGCCGCCGCCGCAGCGCCCGCGGCUGCCGGGGCCAUGCGCGUGAUCCAGGCGCCCGCGGUGGUGAUUGGCAACGGCAUCACCCCUAUGGCAUAA